AGUGUCAGUCGGUGUCUCGGGCUCCUUAGUCGAUGAGGAGCGGAAGAGAGUAGCGUGUGGAUUCAAUGUUUGUUUGAAACGUGUGUUAAUUGUGUGUUGUAUGUAGUUUGUGACAUUUUGCUUCCGAAGAGUGGUUCCUGAUGGUUGUGAAACCAAGUGUUGGAUGUUCGUCGAAUAACAGAGAUUCAUUGUAUGAGUGUCGUUAAGAGCUGACAUGACACUUGAAGAUCCCUUCUUUGUAGUGAAAGAUGAAGUUUGCAAAGCACUGAACAAAACUCGAGGGCUGUACAGGCGUUGGCUGGAACUUCACGACGACACAAGUAACAACGUCUCCAAAGAUGAAUUGGAGUGGACUACUACAGAACUGCGAAACGCCCUUCGCAGCAUCGAGUGGGAUAUAGAAGAUCUUGAAGAUACUAUUGAUAUCCUUUUAUUUACCUGUGGCAUAUAUUGAACGCCUGAUUAUACUAUGAAAGACAAGAUGAAUAUCUCCAGAGGUAGAGAUCGUGAUCGCACCGCCCGGCAGCCGCUUUUGGAGAAUAGUCCUGUCCGAGUGCCCUCCAGCCAUGGUACAACUAAAUACUCGAAGUUGGAAAAUGAGUUGGACAGCCCAAAUCGUCAAUUUCUGGAUGACACUCUGCAACAGCAGAACCACCUCGUGCGUACGCAGGAUGAGCAGCUCGACAUCAUUAGUGACUCCAUAGGAACACUUAAGACUGUUUCACGCCAAAUCGGCAGUGAAUUGGAUGAACAGGCUGUGAUGCUAGAUGAGUUUGGAAAUGAAUUAGAAAAUACAGAUUCUAAAUUGGACUCAACAAUGAAAAAAGUUGCAAAAGUGCUACAUAUGUCAAAUGAUCGAAGGCAAUGGAUUGCCAUAGGAGUUUUAUCAGGAAUAAUGGUGGUGGUGAUCAUACUGUUAGUCAUCACCUGAAAUGUUUAUGAGGGGUACAACGAAGGCCUCUGACCAUCUAGGCUCCUUGGACCCCGCAAAAUCCCACACAUCAUGUCAACGAUUCCAUGACGUGUGAGCUAUGUGAUCCGUGUGACUAGACAUGCAUUAAUGUACAAUCAACAGGGUGUUUAGUUGGGUGAAGUGAAAUGUGAAGAAUGGAAUUGAUGAGUGAAGGAAAAUUUGUGUGGAUUCUCUGAAGUCAUAUGUGAACUUAUGAGAAGUGUAAGUUAUGUAUGUGGGUGCUUUAUCUGAUGUAUUUAAAUAUAUACAUAAUAUUCUAUUUAUAUUUAGAGCCCUGUAUUUUUUUAGUAGUGAUAUGUGAGUAUCAAUAUUUCAGUGAGUUCAGCUACAUUUCUGAGUGUAUGAAGAAGAAAAAAUUUAUAGCAAGGCAUUUAAUUUUGUGUACAGGACGUGCUAGAAAUGUCAUUUGAGUAAACAAAUAUUUUGUAGAUUGCUUGUGAUUCGCAUUCGUAUAAUAAUUAUAGAGUACACAAAAUCUUGAAAUUCAAAUAUUUCCCUGCCUAUAUUAUUGGGAAGGUUCUGUAGUUCUGCUUAGAGUUUAAGUAAUUAUUCCGAAAUAGUGUGUACUCACACAUCCUUUUUUUUAUUCUAUUGUUUAGUUAUGUAAUUAUGAGUUGUUUUUAUUUCAAAGAAAGUGUACCAUCACACUACUGUUCUUGCUCAUUUAUGUACUGUUACAUUUCUUAUUGGCAUUUUAAUCUUUGACACUAAUAAAAUAGUACAUUGAAGUGCAAUUUGUUUAAUAGCAUGAAAAAGUUAAUGGUGUAUUUGUAUAUUAUAUGUUGUAUUUGUACAUUGUGAUGAAACGUAUCCUGUCCUGUUUUGAAUGGUUUAAGCUAGCUUCGUGAAACCUUCAUUUAGCAGCACUUCACAUCAGUUUGUUGUUUUUAAGUGCUUUCGGAAUGUGUUGUAUAAAACUUUUUUAAUCAAAUGCUUUAUAUAUAAAUGGUUAAAUUCUCAGUACUACAUUUUUACACAUAAUGUGUAUAUACUGUAUUUAUAUGAAAAUGAUGAUUUAUUUAAUGUCUUUAUUCUCUACAAUAAGAUCUAGAAACUGCUGCAGUCUUUACAAACUUAGUAAUCAGCUAUAUGUAUUUCAUUAUUAAUAGGAUCGGGAAAACUGUGAUGAUUGUUAACUUGUCCCUGCUGCACAAAUUACACAUUCUACCUGCAGCGCAUUACUGUUCCAUGUUCUGCAGGUCGCUUCAGGGUUUCCUGAACUGGAUCCAUUGACUUUCCAUUUUCUGUAAUAUUUUGUUUUUCUUCUAUUAAAGUCCUCAAAUAUGUUGGAUUUGGCUGUGCCACUUCAGCAAUUAAUUGCUGUAAAAUGAUGUUAUUGUUAAGGGUAGGACAUUCUGACCUUCUA